AUCGGGCGUUCAGUUGGUGUUUGACAGUUCUACUCUUAGGAGAUAUUAUGGUGUGGUGGUUGCUAGCUGGAGUGAUCUGCUUCUCGGUGCAGGCGUUGGCCUUCGUUGACACGGAUCCCUACUGCUUCUCGGACGAUCACGAUCCGUAUAACCUUUUCGCUACCAAAACCGCAUAUGAGGUGGUCCGGGAUAAGAAGCUCAGGAUUGGAGUCGUUCCUGAUUGCACCCCUGUCAUGAUCUGGGGAUUGUUCCGACACGGAACGCGAUUUCCACAUACCGACGAAAUCAAACAGCAGAUGGGCCUGUCAACCUUCAGGGAUUCCGUACUCCGGAACAGCCCGCAUGACAUAGACAUGUGCAAUGAAGACAUUGACUUACUGAAGGAGUGGUCAUAUAACGUGAACAUGUCCGAAGCCGAUCUUCUUACGCAAUCAGGUGUCACAGAACUCCAGCUACUUGCCAAAAGAUUAAGGAGCAACUUCCCUGAUAUACUAAAUGCACAUUAUACGGAAGACCGAUUUAAGAUCCGAUACACUUCAAAAGAAAGGACGAAGCAAAGUGCUGAAGCAUUCACGACAGAACUUUUCGGAAGUCCUAUUGGUCUCUCGGAAAGCUUCAUAGACGAUGAACUGUUGGAGCCAAAUCAUAACUGCUCAGUUUGGAAGAGCAGCACACAAAGUGAAGGUUUAAAAAGAGAAACUACAAAGUUUAGAAGCAGUCACUUAAUGAAAUCCCUAGUCUCUUUUGUAAGCAAAAGAUUGGGUUUCCGGUAUAACUUGACUUACCAAGCAAUGCAUGACCUAUACGAUAUGUGUCGCUUUGAUAAAGCAUGGAACUUCAAAGUUCAUUCUCCAUGGUGUUCUGCUUUUGAAAAACAACAUCUGAAGGUAAUGGAGUAUGAUGAGGACUUGGAUUACUACUAUCGUUCUGGAUAUGGUAAUCCAUUUACUGCCAAGUUAGGUUGUCCGUUGAUCAGAGAUAUGAUUGAAACCCUUAAUAAUCGUACUCUGGUUAACACUACAGAAGAAAGUACAGGACCAUCAGCUGUUUUCAAUUUUGCUCAUUCAAUUACAGUAAGGGCAGCUCUCAUUAAACUUGGUAUAGCCAAAGACAACAAUCCAAUCACUGCAGACACUUUUAGUACAAGUGAAAAAAGACAAUGGAGAACUGCUUUCCUUACUCCAUUUGCUGGCAAUUUGAUAGCAGUGUUGUACAAGUGUGCCGACCAGCAGUAUAGAGUCAUGUUCUUCCUAAAUGAACAAUAUGUUGAAUACGAGAGAUGCAAAGUGGGACUGUGCGAUUGGUCUUAUAUAUAUUCAACAUUUAAAUCUGAAAUAGACCCAUCAAGAUGUAACAGAGAUUUUUGCGAAACUUCAGGCAGUUCUACAGUUGUUCCUACAAUAGUAGUUUUAGGAUUGGUUCUAUUAAAUUUAUUUACCAGGUUUUAUUAACGUAUUUUAGAGGAAGAAAGAGUUAUGAGAUGUAAAUAGUAGUGAUAAAAACAAAAUCCAAUUUUAAGCAGAAUAAAAAAAUUAAGCCAUUGAUUGGAACAAUUAUGUGUGUUAAUAAAAGCUAAAUAUUUUUUUACUUGUUUUAGCAUUUAAUUUAUCUUAUCUUUAAUACAUUAUGUUUAUAAUUUUUGUUGGCAGCUUCACAUUUAACUUUAUGUUUUUAGAAAUUUUCCUUGAUGAACAGUGAGUGUUCAUCAUUCAUAAAAAUAUUGCUAAUUAUCAUAAGUGCACAAAAAGUUUGUCCUUAAGAAGGUAGUAAAUUAUGUAAAAGCUUUUGAAUAAUUGUAGUACAGAAAUCAAGGUAGAUGCAAUAAGAAAACAUAAUUUUUUGAAUUAAUUAGACAUUAACAGACUAAAAUGUCAAUAAUCUGUCACUCUUCUGAUUUUCCUACUAAAAUAAACAAUCAUUUUAGAAGUAAUUAAUAAAUAUAAACAUUUGACUUAUGUGAACAAGGACCAUGAAAAACAAAUAUCAAGUGAGCUGCAAAUUUAAAGAUAAAGAAGGAAAAGGAAGCACGAAAAAUGUUUAACUUUUCUUUUUAAAAAAAAAGUUUUUUAUCCAUAUCAAUAAAAUUAAAGUUGUGCUAAAAUUUAAAAAACUCUGUUUUUUAAACAUUUUGUUACUUUAAUUAAUUAAUUAAUAAAUAAUUAUUUUAUACAUCUAGCAUUUAUUUUCCUCCACAAGUGAUAGAUUAUCGACCUGUUGCUGCUGACUGUUCAGCAUUUAUAAUAAAAUGUUUAUAAAA